AAUAAUUCAUCGACAAUGGCUGUCCCACUAGCGAAAGUGAUGAAGAAACCCACAAUCUUUACAUCACGACUUGUCAUCGUCACUCAUAAAAUUAGUCUAGUCUCCAUUCUUUCCUUUAAUUAUUUGAGGAGCGCAAAGCAAAGAAAACUCAAAUCAAUGGCCUCAACUAACAAUUUCACCACUUUAAAUAUGCAAUUAAGGGAAAAAAAAAAACAAAAAACCUGCUUUCAUAUCCAUUGUUUUUUCAUCAUCCGAAUUGUUUUUUGCUUUCAAAUUCUCAAAUCUGUGUUUCUGAUCGUUUUCACUCUUUGUUUUUUAGUUUUCACAUCUUCUUGUAUCGUCUCAAUUAAGGAAAAAAAAAACCUUCUUUUAUUUCUGAAAACCAAUCUUUCUUCAUACCUUGAUUUUCCGCUUGGCAAAAGAAACAGUGCAGAGGAUAGUUCAGUGAAGCUACUUAUUUCUCUGAAGCUCUAUUUACUUUCUGGUAUUCACAGACAGAAAGAGAGACCAUCAACAAAAAUGGCCGAAUCUGUUGCCUCUGCUGCUGUCGAAAAUAUGACAAACCAGGCAAUGGAAUGCGCAUCACCCUAUCUCCGUUACUUUUUCUGUUAUGGACAGAUUGUUCAAGAUUUCACGAAUCAACGAAACGCACUUAAAUUGAGGAAACAGAGGGUGGACACUCGUGUCGAUGAGGCUAAAAGGCAAAUUGAGGUCAUCUAUGAGGACGUUGAGGACUGGCUUAAAAGGGCUGAGAAAGAACUGGAACAAACCCAGAACUUGCAAGAUGAAAUAGAUCGCGUCAAGUGUUUCAAAUGGUGUCCUCAAUGGGGCUGGCGAUACUGCUUAAGUAAGAAACUGGCAGAGAAGACUCCUAUUAUCUCUAAACUUUUACAGACUUCUAACUUUGCACAGGUGGGCUCUCGCGGUUCUCUUCAAGGAAUAGAGUUCAUCACAUCCACGCAUUUCAUGGACUCUAAAUCUUCAAAAUCAGCUUUGAACCAGAUCAUGGAGGCUAUGAAAGCUGUCAACAUGAUCGGACUGUACGGAAUGCCAGGAGUUGGUAAGACAACUUUAGCCCAAGAAGUUGGGAAGCAUGCUGGAGAACAAAAGCUCUUUGAUAAAGUUGUGAUGUUUACUAUGUCUCAAAAUCCAAACAUCAACAAUAUUCAAGAUAAAGUUGCAGAUGUUUUUGGUUUAAAAUUUCAAACAAGUAGCCGAGAAGGAAGAGCAGAAGAGCUAUUCAAGAGUAUGCAACGCGUGAACAAAAUCCUCGUAAUUGUCGACGAUCUCUGGGAAGAAUUCGAAUUGAAGAUUAUCGGAAUUCCAUUCGGUGAUGACCACAAGGGUUGUAAAAUUCUUCUGACUACACGUCGUCAACAGGUCUGCACUAAAAUGAACUGUCAGAAGGAAAUUCAACUUGGCAUCUUAUCCGAAGACGAAGCAUGGGUUUUAUUUCGAGAUCAAGCUGGUUUAGAAGGUAACAGUUCCGCCUUGAAUAAUGAAGCCAAAAAGGUUGCUGCUCAAUGUAAGGGAUUGCCUCUUGCAAUUGUUGUCGUGGCCAAAGCUGUUAAAGGUGAGGGUUUAGAUUUAAAUGGGUUGAAAGCCGUAAAUCAGAGAUUCAAGGACUCAAGGCAUUUGGAUAAUGAAGAUUUCGGAGAUGUCCUCCGGCCUCUUAAGCUUAGCUACGAUUAUUUGAAGAAAGGCAAUAACCAAAUGACCGAAAAUGACAUCCAAAUAUGUUUCUUACUGUGUUCCCUUUUUCUUGAAGAUACUGAAAUACCUAUUGAGAUAUUGAUUAUGUGCGGAAUUGGAGUAGGAUUGUUCCCUAAUGCUAACUCGAUUGAAGAUAAAAGGAAUGAAAUGGUUAUGGCACUUAAAAAACUCCAAAAAUCUGGCUUGUUAUUGGGAGCUGAUGAUGCAAAAAGGAUAAGAAUGCAUGAUGUGGUUCGAGAUUUUGCUCAUUGGCUAACAUCAACCGGAGAAAAUAGGUUCAUGGUAAAAGAUAAGUUGAAAAAAUGGCCUGAUAUGGUUGAAAGUUUUGAAUGUUAUACUGCAAUCGCUUUAUGGAAUUGUAGUAGUAACAUAAAAUUUCCUGACAAAGUGGAAUUUUCAAAGCUCAAGACUUUGUUUCUCAAGGGGGAGUGGAAGUGGAGGCGGGAUGAUGUCCUAGUGGUUUCCAGUACAUUUUUUGAAGAAAUGAAAGCCCUCCAAAUUUUAUUUCUCCAACAUGUCAGUUUCUCAGCAAAAAGAUUCCCUUCCUUACCGAAUCUCAAAACUUUGUGUUGUGUUCGUUGUGAGCUUAAAAUCUUCCCAUCAUCGCUGACAAAUCUUGAGAUUCUUGCAUUGUUUGAAACUAAAAUUUUUGGGAUAAGUGAAAAAUUAGUGAAAUUGCCUACACUGAAGUACUUACGUCUUUCAGGAGUUCAAUUUUAUGAGGAAUCAGAAAUCAAAAUCCACCCAAGCUUGCUAUCAAGGUUGAAUUCGUUGCAAGAGUUACAUGUGCAUAGCCAAAACACUAUCAACUUAUUGGAGUUGAAUUCAUUGUCUUGUUUAACUGCGCUAUCAUUGAGACUUUCUACUGAUCAAUUUUCUCAAGAAGAUUUUGUGUUCCCUAAACUACAAAUGUACACUAUAGUUGUAAAUGAGCAUUUUUCCUAUGAGUCGGCGCUUAGAACAUUGAAAAUUUGUAACUUCCCAUCCUCAUUGAGUGCAUUUAACAAUUUAUUUUACAAUGUGGAAAAGUUGAAGUUACAGAAUGUUAGAGGACAAAAGAACAUCGUGCCAAGCAUAGGUGAAAUGGGAGUAAAUGAGUUGACUUCUUUGGAGCUUGAAUCUUGCUAUGAUAUGGAAUUCUUGACUGUUAUAACAAGGGAUCAAGGGCCAAGUGUUGCAUUCUCCAAUUUGGUGGAAUUAUAUAUACAAAGCAUGGGUUCAUUGAAAGGGUUGUGCUACGGUCUUUCUCCGACUAGGUUCUUGCAAAACCUUAAGCAAGUGAUCAUCAAAAAAUGUGAGCAGUUACAAGUGAUAUUUCAAAUUGAUGAACUUUCUGAAAAGGUGCAAUGUCAGAUACCACUUCUCUCAAAUUUAACAAUAUUGAAUCUAGAUUCAUUGCCGAACUUGGAGAGCAUAUGGAAAUUAAAGCCAUCACAUCAAGAAAUUGUAAGCCUCACGAGACUAAAGGUUGUAACAAUUUCAGGUUGCGAUAAACUAAAAACAAUCUUCACAACUUGCCAAGCUCUAAGUAUGUUGCAUCUACAAGAGCUCACCAUAAGGUACUGCGAUAAAGUAGAGCAAGUCAUUGGUUUUGUCCAAGAAGAAGAGAUUAUUGAGGAAUCUUUUGUAAAUUUAACUCAUUUAGAGUUAACUUCAAUUGCAUUGUUGAAUUUCAAAUAUCUCUUUUCGGAAUUCACUGCUCGGACUUUGGAGCAUUUGAAAUUUCUCAUGAUUCGGGAUUGCUCCUUUUUGGAACAUUUAAUCGAAGAAGUGGAAAAAGUGGAUGAAAUAUAUGUUUCAAACAUGAAAAAUCAUUAUCCCCUGUUCUGGCCAAAACUGGAAAGUGUCCAUAUAGAAUAUUGUGAAAACUUGAAAUAUUUGUGUUCAAGUACAUUGGCUCAAUGGCUUCCCAACCUGAAUUGUAUCAGUAUACUAGAUUGUCCUCGACUUAUACAAGUCUUCAACAUGGAAACAAAUAAGGAUGAUUUUGAAUUACAGAAUCAUUGCUGGCCAAAAUUGGAAACUCUUGAUAUAGUAAAUUGCCAAAUAUUGAAAUAUGUGUUACCAAACACUCUACUUAAUGUGCCCUUUCUGCAAUAUUUAACAGUGAUAAAUUGUCCCCAAUUCUCAUGCUUCAUUGUACAAGCUCCGCUAAUAAAGGAAUUGGUUCUUAGAGACGUGGGAAAUAGCCACCAAUUAUGCAACAUUGAUGUUCAUGUAUUGAAUAAAGAUUGUAUAGUAGUUGGGAAUCAUGAAGAAGUAUUUCAAGUUCAAGGUGGAUACUCGUUCUCAAGCAUAAAAGAAUUAUACUUGACCAAUUUAUUGAAAGUACGGAUUAUAUGGAAUGAUUUUGCUCAAGUCGUAACCCUUAAUAACCUUACAUCUCUAAAGGUAAGUGAUUGCAAGAAGUUAAGAUAUAUAUUUUCACCUGCGAAUGCUCGCAGUUUAUCACAUUUGAUGUAUCUUUGCAUCAAGGGGUGUGAUGAAUUAGAACAAAUCAUUUUAGCCAAGGAUCAAGUUUCUUCUUCAUCAUCAAAUGUUGAUAUUGGCCUCCAACCUCUAAGCUUUCCAAAUUUGACUCAGAUCAUAGUUACAAAUUGUGGAAAUUUGAAAAGUCUCUUUCCUUUUGGAUUUGUUCCUGUUCUUCCAAAACUUGAAAGUCUAGAAUUGAAAAGGAACUCUAAAUUGGAACAAGUAUUCAAAUUAGAAAACGAAGUGGAAGUGGCAGCUGAAGAGGAGACGAAAUUUGAUAAAUUAGAAAGGUUAACACUUGAAGAGCUACCAAGUCUCAUUCACUUCUGUCCCAAAGGAUGUCAUCUUGUAUUGCCAGCAUUGAUAGAAUUGGAAGUAAAAGAUUGCCCUAAGUUGACUACUAGUUUCUUCAUUGAUUCAUAAAAAUUUGUGCAUUGCAUAACAAACCUGCAAUCCUUUAAUCUUACUUUGUUCUAUGUAGUUAUAACAAUUACAACAAAAGGCAUAAAAUUUUUACUUAAAUUACUUAACUAAUCUAGUAAAUUAUUA